AUGUCUCAAACGUAUGUUACCCUAGUAGAAACUGGUUCGCUUGUAGAAAAUCUUCACUAUGGACCUUAUUCACGCUACUGGUGGGAAAUUCUAAGUAUUCCUGACUCAAAUAUUCAACUCAGAUUUCCAAUUAGAGCAGGCCAAAAAACUGAUGCUGGUUUGAAUAGACGUGACUUUUAUAUAACAGUACAGAUUUCCGGUUCUAAUCAAAUGUUACCCGAGUAUUUUUGUCAAAGUGGUGAGUUUUGGGUCAUAGAAACAAGUGCAACUAAGGCAGUUUCUGAAGUUUAUCAAAAUAUUUUUCAAAAAAAAACUCGAUAUUCUGGUUCUAUUGUUAUGGGAUGGGAUAAAAAAAAUAUAAUAGAUGUUUUUUCAUCUAAUAUUGAUUUUUGUCCAUUUUCAUGUAAACUUGGUGAUUAUGAAAUUUUUAUUUAUGGAUUGGGUUUAUCUACACGUUCAGAUUGGAAUCAAGCGGGUAAUGGUUACAAGUCAUCAAUUAUUCACACAUAUAAGAAACGUGCAGCUAUAUUUGUAUCUGAAAUUGAAGAUGAUAAAUGUUACAUUUAUAUUUAUCAAGAUUUUAAAAUUCAAAAAACAUUUGUAGGAACUACCCCAGAUGACGUCUGGAAAAAUUCAAAUUAUAUUCAAAAAUUUUCAGGAAAAGAAUUAUUUGGGUUGGAAGAUCAAAUUACAUUACAAAAACUAAAUAAGCUACGUAUUCCACAAUGCGCUUCUCAUGAAUGGAGUAAUUUCAAACUAAUGAAAAAAUUAUAUGAAUAUCAUCUUCAGCGUCAAACUUUUGCUAAAAUUGAAUGGUAUAAAUUAUUUGUUAGAUGGAAUCAAAAUGAGUGUAAUGUAAUAGAAUUAAAUUCAGAAUUAAAAUUAUUAUACCCACCAGAACAUCAAUUUUCUGAUCGUGAACUGGGUGCAUGGUUAUCAAUGCUUCGUGCUGCAAGAUGCUCUGAUAUUACUCCUUGGUCUCAUGGUAAAUCUAAGUAUCAAUUUUGGACUAAAUCGAAAAAUCCAAUACAAGAAAAACAGAUAUUUACUACUCUUUACAAGAUGGGAUUUCUUUCCAGUAAUCCUUCAAAUUCUACAGAAACUUUUUGGUCUUGUUUUCAACAAGCAUUGAACGAUAAUAAAAAAACCAGAGAUGGAAAACGGCGUAUUUUAUCAAUUAUUGCCAAUGAUUUUACCUAUGAAGAAUUAGAACAUAAUUUAGGGGUAGCAUCUUAUACCGUUCUUGAAUCAAGAAGACAUGCUGUAUUGAAUGGUUUUGGUGCUCCACCUAUUGAAAAGCCAAAAUUUCAUCAGACAGCAAUUCAUGAAAUUGCAGGAACAAAAGUUGCCAACUUGCUGCCAAAUCGUGAUCAAG